GCGGAGCGUCCGCGCGUCUUUUGUCCAAAACAAGAUCCACUUCACUAACACAUAACCGAUGCAUGGGGAAGCCUUGUCUGCUCUAGAAGUCUGGCCGCAAAGAGCGUUUCUCGUCUGGUUCAUCACUGAAACAAGGACUUCGGCCUCGCAGGUUUAAGGGAUGUUUGCCACAGCCACCAGAAACUUCGUGGAGGAGGUGGAUAACGGGGGGUUGCUGAUUCCAGUGUCCAGUCUGAAUGACACCAUUGCUCUUCUGACAGUGGUGGUGAAGCGCAAGCGUUUCUGGGUCUGGCAGAAGCCCAAGUAUAUUCCCUCUGAUUUUAACCUCAAUGAUAUACUAACAGGAGACAUACCUAUACAACCAGGUGUCAUAGAGACAGACUUCAUUAAAUACAAUGGGACAUUUGGUGACAACAUCCAAGGGACCGUGGACGCAAAGUUUGCCCAUGCCAAUGUGAGCCUCGAGGGUAAAGACUCUUCCAAACUCCAGUCAUCCUUUGGCAGUUUGAAGAAGGACGAAGUGGAUGUGCAGAAGCUGCUGCUAGACUCCAAAGGCAGGGUCCUGGACAUGUCCCAUGGUCUCAUCCAGCACAAGGAGAAGCCCAGACAGGUGUUUGGGGUUGUGAAGGAGCGUAUUGUGACUACUCAGCCCUGUUCGGUCAUAGAGGAGGUGCAGCAGGGAGGACAGUAUGCAGGAGUACUGAGCCUCUGCGGGCCCAAGAGCUCAAAGGUUUCAUUGAAAGAGAAUGGCAGCUUGAGUAAGGACAGUAACAUCACCAUGGAGAUUCCCAUCCAUACUACCAUUGCCUAUGGUCUUUUAGAGCUAGAGAUCAAACAAGAUGGGCGCUUUGAGCUGUGUCUGAUGGCAGACACCACUGGAGGUUUUGAAGUCGAUGGCCUUGCUAAGAAAGGAUUGUUGGGUGUCUCUGAAAAAACCUACCUUAGACAAGAGCUGGAGCAACUGAGCGAUCAUUUCCAGCUGCUUUCAGCUCUUCCUGCCACCACAAGGUCCUUUCUGCUCCAGCAAAUCACCAAAGUUAUGGAGGACCGAGGGGCCGUCAGUUCACUUCAGAAUGCGCUGGACCAGAUGUGCCUGGAUAAGAGACUUGCCCUGGGUGAUGUCACAACGACAGAGCCCCAAAAACAGAACAUCCGAACAAUUCUGGACCUUUUGGAGCAGUCUGGUCAGGUUGAGUCCACACCAGUCCUUACAGCCCUUAACCUUGUUACCAGCGCAAUGGAUGAGAUGACAAAUGAUUGUCUUUCUGUCUUGGGAAUGUGCUGCAGCCUCACAGUGUUACAGGCUCUGGAGCUACUGGUGCAGUGUGUAUCCGGCAAGGGGGAGUUGCAUCUGAGCAGCGCAGGCCUAGCUGCACUGACAGAAGACGUCUUUGAAAAGACUGAACAUCUAUUUGCCUCCUCUAAUGUGUCCCUGAAGAGAGACGGGGACACAGUGAAGACAGAAAUAAGCCACCUGGCAGGAAAUCGCCCUCUGGUCCUGUGUAUCGCUGUCAGAGGUCUCGCCUCGUUGGCCCACUGUGAUUGAACUGAAGACACGUUUACAGUUUAUCCACCAGAAACUUGAAACGUUACACUGGAAUGAGGUAAAGGGGAUCAUAUAGAUUACGUUAUUUUUGUUAUUUGAGUGUUUUUCUCUUUUUGGUGCAGUGCACGUUCCUCUAAAAAAGUGUUGCGUUUCAUUGUAGGAUAAUUAUAUAGAUAAAUGUACUGGUGUUAAAACAAUUAGUGAAUUAAUGCUUUUUUUCAAUCGACGACAAAAAAAAAUUUACAAUAAAAAAGUUUAGGUCAUGGUUUGUUGGACAAAACAAGCAUUUUGAAGACGUCACCUCAGACUCUAGGAAAGUGUGAGGUGCAGUUUUUUACUGAUUUUAUCUAGAAAAAAAACAAUUGCUUACAAAUGUAAAAUGAUCCACUUUGAGAUUAUAACUUAUUAUUAUUAAGGCAAAGUACCCUACAAGUUGUGCAUUACUUAAAGGAGAAUUCAUGCCUUCAAGCCAAUGAAAAAUAAUCAUUAGCUGCAGCCCUGAAAUAUGCUGAAUACACAAUUGUGCACACUCUUUGAUAUAGAAUUUAAAUCUUUAAUUUAGCACCUGCUGGUAGGAACAGCAUUAUUAUACACAUAAACAAUAGAGGGGUUAAAUGAUAGGAAGUCACCUGGUUCUUACCAUCUUAUUUUGGGUCAUAGUCUCUGAAAGAAGCAUGUCUUUUUUUUGUCUUGUGUUCUCAUGUAAUUACAUUUUAAAUACAGUACGAUUGUCUCAUUUGCCAAUGUUGUGAAAACUUAACUAAAACCUCUCACUUUUAAAAUAAACACUAAUGGAUUUUUGUAUGUAGGGGCUAAUGUCAUGUCUCAGCCAUGGAUCUGUAGGAUAAUAAUCUUGUACUUUAACAUUCUUUGUGGCUAUAUUUUGUCUGCAAUAACAUUUCAAUGAGUUUCAAUGUGCCUUUUUAAUUGUGAAGCUUUAUUUCAGGUUUUGACAAUAUUGGAAAUUGUUUAAACUUGCUACCUUUUUAUCUGUAUCCUUGUAUGUUUAUAAGAAAAACAUGUAAAUAUUCUUUUCUCUUUGCAAACACAUACUCAACACAACACGUUUGUCAAAUAAUUGUGCCAAAAGAGCAAAGUAAAACCAAAGUGGAUCAUUAGAAAACACCAGUUAUUUACUUGACAUCUGAAAAUACAUAUUUAUUUGAAUUCCUGUAAAAUAUACCAUUUAAUAAGUAAAUAUGAGCUUUAUUUUAAACUGUUAAGUUUUAGUAAUAUCACAUCUAAAGGGAUCAUUCUCUGAGAUGCAAUACCCUGUUCAAGAGUCCUAUGGAAAGUUUUUCUUUCAAGCAAACACAAAGACAGCACCAUCGCAGCGUGUCUAACAGUCUUAAUUAGAAAUAAUGAUGCCCGACAAACAUAAUUCAUGUAAUCUGUUGUGCUUAAGUGAAAGAGAAAUAAUGGCUAAACACUACAGAAAUACUUUUUUCUUCUGUACAACAUAAAACAGUGACUGGCAUGACAUUUUCUAUGUAUGAGAUUAAACUGCAAAAACAGAGCAUAAAUGUCGCCUUGAGGAGGAAAAAGGUCUCAAAAAUGACACUGUUCUACAUGAAUGUUUGUAGUCCCAAAAUGAGAUGAAGUACUGAAGGCAUAUGCACUGUAAACUGUAACACUGAGGUAUCCUUUUCUUGCAGAAUAAAUACUUACAUCUUACAUACAGAUGUAAAAUUAAAACAG